AAGAUAUUGGCUCACUAGAAGUAUAAUAGUAGCAAUAGUACUUCUUUGUAUAAAGGAAGAUUAACUUAGAAUAAAAGAAAAGGUAUAAGAAAACAUGACAGAUGCAAAACCGAUUGGAAUUUCUCAAAAUCAGCCACAACAAACACAACAGCAACAGUCUCAAUCACAGCAGCAGCAACAACCACAAACACAACAGCAGGCACAGCAACAACAAUCGUCUCAGCCACAACAAAUGAUGAUUGCAACCCAUGAUAUUCAGCAGCAGCAAAAUGUUCAACAGCAACAGCAGCAACCUCAGCAGCCGCAACAGCAGCAAGUUCAACAGCAAGCACAGCAAUCAGUACAAGCCCAGCAAGUACAACCACAACAGCAGCUUCAACAGCAAGUGCAAUCGCAGCAACAGAUGCAAGUGCAGCAGCAAGUUCAGCAACAAGUGCAGCAGCAGCAGCAACAACAACAACAGCAACAGCAAGCUGCCAGUGGACAGCAUAAUGUGGUUCCUACGCAAGUCCAAGUACAACCACAGGUAGCAGCAAUUAUGCCUCAACAACAGGGUGCUGUAGCAGUGUCGAUGCAGCAUCAACAGCAAGGAGUGGGCGGUGUCUCUAUGACAUUGUCUGGUCAACAAGGAGGAACAGCUAUAACUACUAUGGCUGCACAUCCACAGGCAGUGCAAGUUAUUCAGCAACCUAUGCAAAAUCAAGCAUAUCAUCUACAGCAACUUUAUAAUACUCAAGGAACUCCAUUACUAAUGCCAGGAAAUUUGGCUCUUCAUCCUGCUGGCAUCAAUCCUUCCUCUAUACAAGUCAUAACUGCUGGAAAGCCGUUUCAAUCCGCUGCCCAGUUAGCACCACAUAUGUUGACAACAGCGUCAACAGCAGGCCAGGGUGGUGGUCAUCCAGGUGCUGGUGGAACUAAAGUGCAAGGUUUUCCUGCAAGUUACUUACCGGUACCAACUUCUGCCACGCCCGGUGGAGGACAAACCCUAGUUUUUGGUCAACUGGGUGUGCUAGGUUCUCCGCAACCUCCGUCUAUGCAGCAGCAGCAGCAGCAACAAUCUGCAAACAAACAAGAUGCAGUACAAAAGUAUACUACGUGCACAGCAGCGAAUGCAUCCGGCGGUCGUGGUAUGCAGUUUGCACCUUGGCAGUUUACGCCACAAGUUGCUUGGACCGGGUUACAGCCACAAACACUCCUUGCUAAUCAGAUAUUCAUCAGGGGUCCUACUCAACCUGAUAUGUACAUACAAAGUCCACAACCAAUUCAAGCUCAUAACGCGCUCGCCGCGCAGCAACAAAUUCAGGGUGUACAACAGAUUGCCGCGGCUGGCGGAAAGCCAAAGGUAAUGGAUAUACAACAACAGCAACAACAGGGUAAGCAGAACAUAAGUGGACAACGACCUUUAAAUAUUUUGCCGUCCUCACUACAAGCGGUACAAGCCGCUAACAUACGAGCCGCUAGUUCCGUGUCAACCCAAACUGUUCACGGAGUACCGACGACGGUACAUGCACAGAGUGGAAAAGUAGGCGGUGUCGGCGGUAAAGGCCGCGGCAAACCAGUGCAAUCGCCACAACAAUCACAGCAACAGUCACAGCAAACAAUCCAACAUCAACCAGUUUAUAUUCAACAAAAACAGCAACAACAACAAUAUCAACAGGCGCAAGUGCAACAAUCGCAACAGCAAAUUCAGCCCAAACCAAUAAUGUCAAAUAUAGCUCUACAACAACAGCAACAACCGGGUGUAGUUCUAGGUGGAGAACGUCCGAUUAUGCCUGUUGUUUCUGUGGGUGGAGUUGGAGUUGGAGUUGCCACGUCUCAAAUGAAUCAAAUGCCACAAUCCACGAUGUCUGCUGUACAACAACUACCAAUACAGGCAAUUAAUUCAGCCAUCAUUGGCGGCCAAAUAGUCAGCGGGACACCACAAGUUCAAACUAUGGCAAAUCAAGCGUCGGAUCAGCAAACACAUGACAAUACUAAUUCUACAAUAAUGAUUACGUCGCCCGAUCGUAAUCACCCAGCUGAAUGUUCCUUAGUAUUGUCAACUAUUGCAAACACUCCAGCCACGAACGAAGAUAGUUCCAAAUCUUCAUUGAAGAAGGACGAUACAAUGACAAUUACGGUAGAAGAAAUUACAGUACCUCAAACAGAAACAACAGAUGGGGACCAAUCUAAAGUAUCUAUGAAGGACGGAGAAAAUACGACGGUAAAAGGUGAUGAGAAAUCGUGUAAUAAUCCUUUGGCAGGAUUGGCGAAUACGAUCAAUUCUAUUACAAACGGUGUUAACAGUGAAGAAUCGAUAGCAACUUCUGUUUCCACACCAGUUACUUCGAAUAGUAAACACGUGCCUCCAAAAGCUAUGGUGAAACCACAAGUUCUUACCCAUGUGAUUGAAGGUUUCGUCAUACAAGAAGUAAAUCAAGAAACUGGUAGUAUUCUAAGUCGGAAUAGUAAUUCAGCAUCCGAAAAAGAGGAUCACGAAGAGCCUCCAAGAAAGAAACAUGCGCCCAAUUAUCCAAACGACGAAGACACAAAUAAUCAAGUUGGGAAAUGUGAAGCAUGUGGUACCCUAAUGGAUGAACAAAAUGCUAAAUUCAAAAAGGAGAAGCGAUUUUGCUCUUCAAAUUGUGCGAAAAGUAAAAAGCGCGAAGUUCGGGAUCGCGACGGUACUGAGAAGCAAUGGUCUGAAAUGGAAACUGACUCAAAGAAUGACGGAGAUAUAAAGAAGAACGGGGAAGAAAAGUCGUUGUCAACAACUACUACCACUUCUUCUGUUGAUGAAACAUUACCGAAAAUUAAUCCUGUUAAGUGGACGGUUGGCGAAGUAUGUGAUUUUAUACGCGGCUUACCAGGCUGUGCCGAUUACGCAGAAGAUUUUGCUAUUCAAGAAAUAGACGGUCAAGCGCUCAUGUUGCUGAAGGAAGAUCACCUUAUGUCGGCUAUGAGCAUUAAAUUGGGCCCUGCAUUGAAAAUUGUAGCAAGAAUUGAUUCUAUGCGUGUGGAAUCAUUAUCAAAUUCCAAUCCCACAUCCAAUAGUUCGUAAAUGUUUUAUUGCUUAAGACUUUUACUCGCAGAAUUUCAAAUAUGCAGCCUGCUUUGGGCUACAGGGUUGAUGCAAGUAUUUGAUCGAAAUAUGCAGUUAAAAUUCUCAAAAUGAUGUUCUCUGAAACAGAAAAAUUAUUUUUUUCUUCAUUUUAUAAAGGAUUUUUUUUCUUAAACAAUUUAAGAACGAUCAAGACAUAAUACUUUAAGUUGUAUUCUUUAAAGAUCGAUCUUUAUAAGACUACUCUAAGUUUCGUACUACUUUGCCAUUACAUAAAGCAGCUACAUUAAUGUUUCAAAAAACAAGUAGUUCUGAUAUACUUUUUUAAAUUUAAUGCAUUAUAGUGGCAAUUCAUAUAAUUUUCAUAUAGUUAGUCUUACACUGAUUGAUUUUUACUGUUGUAUAUAGUAUUGAAUUUUUGUGACUCUCCUAGUUUAAGAUGUAUAUUUACUUAAAAGAAUUUUCUAAAACAUCGCUCUUCGGCUAAUAUGAUCAAGAAACUGAGUACAAAUUAUGUCCAUUACACAAAAAAAGAUAGAUCGUUGUAUAUAAACUGUUCGGCAUAUAUACGAUGUAUUUUGUACUCGAAAAAUUACUUUUGGAAGCUGUACAAAAACUAUUGCCUUCUGUAAGACUACAGUAGUCUCGAGAGAUAUCCGGCAUAAAAAAGAAAGAUUAGGCUUUGUAACAAUUUUGUGCAUUACAAUUCCAAAUUGAGCUAUGUUUGAAGAAAUAUGAUAAAAACACACUCGACCAUAUUUUGUAAAUGUAUCAUGUGCACUCAAUUUGCAUACAUGUAAAUAUUAAACAUAAAAUGUUUAUUUAAUAUACAAAUUUUAUAACAUGA